AUAUAUUGUCAUCGCACUAUGUUUGAGUAAUUGCGAGAAACAUUGUCGAUGUUGCGACGCCUAGCGGCAAUUUCACGAAGGUGAUCGCCACAAAAUCAGCUGUUACCCUAUCUGGAAUCUUUUAAUUUCUCUUUUUUUGGUGGGAAAAAUGUUUCGUUAUAAUUAUCGUAUUAUUACUAUUUAAAUGAUAUUAAAUAUCAAAUCUGUAACAAGAUAUCAAAUAUAGAAAGAAAAAAUGGAUAAUGAUUUUGAUAUCUAUGAGGACUUGUCCAAUUACGAUAUAAAGGAUGAUGAGAAUCCUUCUAAAAAUAAUGAAGCCCUUUCGAAUGAAUGCGAGGAAUUAAAGAAAGAAGUUAACGAGCUUAAGGAAAAAUUAGAAAAUCUUCAAAAGAUUAAUGAAACCUUAGAGGUUAACUUAUCUUCUUUACUUAAAACAGCCAAGGCCGAAAUUACGCGAAAAGACAAGAUGAUAGAUGAACUUAGAAAGCAAGUAGACAAUAUGUCAUUUAGACGUGGCCACUUCAAUAGAAACGUAAAAGAUAUUAAUGACAAACCAAUGCAACAGUUACCUGUACAAAAUCUACAUGAAUAUAGUCAUGUACAACAAUAUGCUGAGAGUGAAAGAACUUCGGUGUCUAAUUUACAAAAUUUAAAUUCAAAUAACGAUAAAUAUAAUUCAGUUGCUAGUAGUUCUUCUGAUAUGAAUUUUCAGAACUCUAGUACUAUUAAUUGUAAUCAUCCUGAUGAAGAUCAAGUUGUGUCAGAUUAUGAAAGUUAUAGUGAUCAAUUUUGCAAUACAAGGUAUCAAUCUAAAAAGUUACAAGUACCUUAUAUGGGUAGUACUACUGUUUUUACCGAACGUUUGCGUAAAAGGAUAAUGGAAGAAGAAGCAGAACAGAAACGGAAAUUAUUGGAAGAAGAGGAUAAGACAAAUUUAUUAUCGGAAGAUAAACACGAUAAAAAUACCAAAAUUAAUAUCGAUGACAAAGAAAAUCAUUCUUACUGUAGUAUAUUAAAUUUAAAUGUUGAUGAUACGAGUUUGAAGAGUAAAGAAGCUGUACGUGAUUUUAUUGAUAAUACUAAUAUUCCAAAACACAAUGAUGUUUCUAUGACAAAUCAACAAAGGCCAGCAUUAAAUGUUAAAGUUUCUAAGAAAAGGUUGGAUAAUGUUGAAACACACUUUAGCAAACGACGAAAAUUAGAUAUAGAACAAAAUUUGUGUCCAGAUAAAAAUAGUCUUCCUGUAGAAGAUGCAUUUAAUGAAUAUGAUCAUGGUAUUAUAUCUAGUACAAAAACAGACAAAUUAAAUUGUGAAGAAAAUAGUAAUUCUUAUAUUGAAAGAAAUGCUUGGAAUGAUAACAAAUAUGAUAAAGGUACAAAAUCAAAUAGUACCGCGUACAGAAGAAAGGAAAAGGAAUAUUAUAGAAAAUUCAACAAUGAUUACAAUAAUUAUUCCAAAGAAAGUAUUCUAUAUUAUGAAAAGAAUAGAUAUAAUCAUACACGGAGUAGGUCACCUCUUCCAAAAUAUUUUGAUAGAAAGCAUAAAUAUCACGAUGAUCGAUACAGAAAUUACAGAGAUAGAUUUGACAAAAGACGAAAUUCUCAAGAUAAAGAGGAAGAUACUUUAAUAUCCUCCGAUAGAAGAUCUUAUGAUUUACGCAAUAAAGAUAAAAAUAGAUCUACUGAAAAGUAUGGUACUACAGAUUUUAAUUUAUCAAUAAAUAAAGGGAGCAAAUAUUCAAUUUCACAUGUCUCUAGAUCUGUAUCACAUGAAAGAAGUAGGAGUAGAGAAAGAACAAAUCAUAAAAUUUAUGAUAGGAGAUAUUUAAAAUCUACAAGGCAUGAUAAGAAUUCGGAAGAACGUGAAAAUGUUUUUUCGAAAAAGAAAAGUGAAAUAAACGAAUCGAAAGCUAUAUCUCUGUCAAAAAAAAAAAAUGAUAUUUCAGACAAAUCAAUUAAAACAAAUACUAUCGAUGAAAUUUUAGAGGAUGGCGAAAUUGUAUCUCCCAUUAAAUCUAAUCUAAAUAAUGAAACAAAAGAAAUAAAAGAUAUUUCUAAUGUAGAAACUCAUAAAGAUUCUCUUGAUCAAUUUGAAAAUGGAUCAAAAUUUUCUAACGAAGUGGAUACGCGUAUAUGUUUAAAGAAAACAAAUAGUAAACAUAUAGAAUAUAAAAAAAAAAAAAUUGAUCAAGUUGAGAAAGAUAAAGAUAUUAUUGUAGCUAUAACAACUACUUCAGAAGAAAAAUAUAUUCCUUUGGUUGAAAAUAAACAGGAUUGUAUGGUAACAUCUACAAACAAUAUUAUACCACUUUUAAUAUGUAUUGACAAUGAUAUUGAUAAAAAUGAUAUUAUCAAUGAAGAAAAGUGUGAUAAAGAAAUUGUACAAUUAGAGAAGGCUUCUAAAGAAGCCGAUAGCACUUGCGAUAUGCAAAACUUUCCUGAGGAUAUAUCAAGAACCAUUAAAGAAAUUUCUGUUGAAACAAUUAGACAAGAAAGUAAUAUUAUUUGUAAAUAUAAUGAUGAAAUAGAAGAAGAAAGUAUUUCUAAUACUUCCAAUGUAGAUAUAGUUAAAGAUAAUGCUUUUUUUAUUGAGAAACACAAAACAGAAAAUGAUAUAUCAACAGAUAAAUAUAAUAUGUCAGAUAACAACUAUGAUAAUCAAGUUCCUAUAUUAAAUGAUCAACAGGAGCCAUUAGUAAAAGUUCAUCAAGAAGUUGCAGCUACGAUGCAAGAUCUCCAAGGAAAUGAAGAAGAUAAUAGUGAAAAUGAGAUUGUUAAGGUUAAAGCAUCAAAAAAUAAUAAAAAAGAAGGAUCAGAGUCUGAACAUUCUAAAGUCAUUAUUUUUGCUCGACGUAGAAAGCAUGUACAAUUAACUGAUAAUAAUGCAUCUAUGACUGUUGUAAUAAAUCCUAAUAAUAUUAAUUUAGAUGUUGAUGUAAAGAACAGCGAUGAAAGUAAUUUGAAACUACGAGCAUGUAAAGUAUCUCGUUCUUAUAAAGAUGUCUUGCUCUUCAUUAUCAAUGAUUUUAUAAUGACUUAAGCCAAAAGUGAGCCUAACUAUAAUUCUUGGAAGAUUUUGAUAAACAAAGUCUUAUUUUAAAGAUGAAGACUUGAACGAGAAAAUGACUUGGUCAAAUUUAUGAAAAAAUUUUAUUUUCUUUACAAAAAAAAAAAAAAAAAAAAAAAGAAUAUGAACAGUUUAUGAUUAAAGAUUUUCACCACUUUCAUCGUAGCAUAUUCACAUUCGUAAGAAAAAUUUGUACAAUAAAGAAAUAAUUUUAAUUCAUCUAUUUUCAAAGAAAUACAAUUUGCAAUAUAAUUUGUUUCUUGUUUUUAUCAGAUGUAUCAUUAUUUUUACUAUCUACAAAAAUUCGAUCAUAUCGUCUGAUAUAAAAUUAUUAUCUAACCAUCGAUAGUCAAAAUAGAUCUCUAUUUUACCAACAGUAUCUAUACUAUACAGUAUCUAUACUGUUGGUAAAAUAGGGAUCUAUUUUGAACCGUUGGUAAGAUAGAUUUGUACUUUACCAUUAGUUUCUAAGGGCCUCGCUUUAACGAAUUUUUAAAAAAUCUUUUCAUCUAUACAUAAAUUAUUCACGAAGAAAUAUCAUUUUAUAACAUGAUUUUUUUUUUUUUUUAACGAAACCUCAUUCAUCAAAAUCUCGAUUAAGAAAUAUGCCUGGUUUCAUUGUCGGUAUAAAUUAUUAUAAAAGUAGGGGUAAUGAAUAGCUCUAAUCUAAGUUCUUAUGAGUCUAUUUCUUUUCUCUUUUUUAUGUUAAUUAUUUUACAUUAUAUAAAAAAAAAAAAAGAAAUGAAAAAAAAGAGGAGGAGAAAAGGGAAUUCGUGAAAAAGAAAAAAAGUAAAUCCAUAAACAUAUUGCCUGCAGAUAUGACGUUUAUUUCUUCGUCAAUGAUAGUAUAUCAUCUCUGUAAUAUAUUGACAUAAUACAGUAAUUAAAAAAUAUAGUCCGUUUUCUAAAGGUGCAAUCAUUAACGUAGGUAAAAUGUAAUAACGCUAGUUAAACGUUUAUUAAUUAUCGUUGUGUGUGACCGUAACUCGAUAUAUAAUUAGAUCAAACGCUACGACUCCACUGCAAUUGAAUAAUUAAAAUGUUAUUACAAAAUACAAAGUGCAAAUACUAUUUAUACAUGCAUAUAUCUACUUAUACGCACGCGAAGGAGGGAAUUUGUUUCUUUUAUUCGUUAAAUAGUUGCACAACUUGAAUAUAUUUCUUUUAUAAUCUUGUAAAAUUUCACUUUUUGCGAAUCAUACGUAGUAAAUAACAAGUUGCCCAGCCUAAAAACACUUGUCAAUAAACAUUGCCCAUUUAUUUUAAUAGAAUUAUUUCGAAUAAAAAGUUGAAUAUAAAAAAGAAAAAUUUUGAAAUGAAAAUUAACAGUGAUAAUCGUUGCAUCGACUUUAAUCGCUGUGUUAAACUAAAUAAACGUAGUUCUUUUCUUUUCUUUUCUCUCUCUCUCUCUCUCUCUCUCUCUCUCUCUCUUUCUCAUUGGCCUAAAGUUUAAACCAAAUGUAUGUGAACUAUUUAUAUAGGUAAAAAAUCAUUCUACUAAUUAUAUACUUGUAUAUUAUUUAAGGACACAUGGGCAAUACAGGAUCGAGAAUGAACAUAUAUCACUAUCUCUUAACGAUAUAUGGCUGUAUAAAGAGCUGAAGGUCCGUAUUCGAAGCGUUCUAACAAAUUCCUCAGUUCUAAAGCAUUUGUUUAUUUUCCAAAAAUAUUUCAUAUCGUUUCUACAUUAAACGCUCGGAAUACGGGCCAAAACCUAGAUCCUAAACAAACACAUUUAAUUAUUUUUCUUGAUGUUACAAUCGAACAAUCUUAACGCAUAAAAUUACAUAGAUUCGAUUGCCUUCUUAACGAAAAUUUCUUAAUGAGCUGCACGACAUAUCACGGUCAGUUUCUAAAAGUCUAAAAAUGUACUAAAAAGAAAAUAAUAAUAAUAAUAAUAAUAAUAAUAAUAAUAAUAAUAAUAAUAAUAAUAAUAAUAAUAAUAAUAAUAAUAAUAAUAAUAAACAUAAAAAAAUACUUUUUGCAAACUUAAAUAAACGCCGGAAGAGUCGUAUCCAUCUUUGUGAGAACUGCAAACGAUAUAUUCUGCAUUAAUUGCAAUAGAACAAUAAUUACUUUUCAAAACUUUAACACGAUCGUUGUAAUCGAUUAGAUUUAUGAAUUAUAUAUUUCGUUGAAUAUUUCUUUUAAAGUCUUGUUCAAAGAAUAUUUUCAUAGAGUCAUAUAUUUUUUUUUUCAACAUACACUUAUAUAAGUACCUUUUUCUGUUCUGUCCUAAAAACAUAUGUGUAUAUAUAUAUAUAUAUAUAUAUAUAUAUAUAUAUAUAUAUGUAUAUAUACAUACAUAUUUCAUAGGAACAUUUUUAUAAUGUUAUCAUUAAUAAUAUAUAUUUGAAUAUAUCAGAACAAGAGAGCGUUGAUUUUGUAUGUUCUCUUUAAAGAUUUCAAAGGUACAAGAAUACAUAGCAUAUAUAUACCUAGACAAAUACAACGUCAUACGUAAUUACGUGAAUUCAUAUUUUGAGAAACAAUUGUUCAAAUACAAGGAAUAUUAUAUACUAGCAAGUAUGUAUGUUCGACUCGACCGGUCGUUGCUUGCCAGAUUAACAGUCAUUAUUAACGCGUUUUUUUUUCUCUCUUUCUUUUAACUACUAAUAUUGCUAUGUGUUUUGUUUUGUAAGAUUUAUCAAACUAAAGUUUGCAGGAAACUUUUUAUUAAAAAGUGACUCUUCCACGAUACUUAUAUUUCGUUACAGUAGUGAAUCGAUAAUCUCUCUCAAUUCUGUGGACAUUCAAAAUGAAACGUAAAUAAUUUUACGUUAUUUUUAUAUAAUGCAAUAAUUAAAGUCAUUUUUACAUUCCUUUCGGUACAUAAAUCUCUACUCAAAUCAAAUAUACAUUCGUUUAUAUAUAAUGAAUAUAUAAAUAAAAUUAAUAAAACAAUGGUUAAUUUAUAAAAAUAAUGAAAUAAUAUUUGUUUGAAAAUUAAUAAACUUUAUGAAUGUUCACAGAUAUGUUGAAUAACCGUACACACACUGUCUUUUCACAUUAUAAAGAUUAUUGUAUUGUAAUUCUCUACAAUAAUAAGCUAUACGAUUUCUUCAAAAUCUUUUAAGAACUUUUGAUGCCUGUACACAGAUAUGUGUGUGUGUGUGUGUGUGUGUAUAUAUAUAUAUAUAUAAUAUAUGAGUUACUUGCAAUUUUUUUUUUUUUUUUUUUAUAUAAAUUUCUACAUUUUAGACAAUAUAAUUCACAUUUCUAUUGAUUAUUAUUCAGAUAUUUUAAUAUUGUUCUGUAACUCUCUUGUACAAUAUAUUUAAAAACCAUCUAUGCGUAUUUUGCUUGCCAUCACCUAAGAAUUAGGUGAACGACCCCUCUAACGCAUGAACAAUUUCGUAACAUUUAUCUCGUUUUUUCUGUUUUCUUUACGAUCUCAUAAGCUCUUAUAAAUAUAUUUAUAUAUAUAUAUAUAUAUAUAUAUAUAUAUAUAUAUAUAUAUAUAUAUAUAUAUAUAUAUAUUGUACAAGCAUAUUCGGUUCUUAUAUGGAGUAUUAUUACGACUACCUAUAUAAUUUGCUUUAUUAAAGCUAUGUACGCGCGCUUUUCUUUGUGUAUUUUGUACAGUACUCACACAUUAAAAUUGCUAUGCUGUAGUUUAAUGAAAAAGAAAAAAAGAAGAAGAAAUAUAAUAUGAUGUAGUUGAUAUUUCGCGUUAUUUUUUUAUGCAGGCACGCACGCACACAUACGCACACAUACAUACACGCACACAACAAACAUACAAAUGUAUAUAAAUAUAAAUAUCAAACAAUAGAAGCAACGGACGGCUAUGUUCAGCCUAUGUACAAUCGUGUGAGGUACAUUCUGAUUGGUUCAUUGAAAUGUCACCGACCAAGAAUUUUACUCUUUAAUGAGUUUUUUCUUUCUUUCUUUCUUUCUUUUGUUUUUCCCGUAUAUAUUUUCAAAAGCUACACCUUAAAUACUACAUCAUCAUAAAAUAUUAGAAUUAAGUUGGUCCACCGAAGAGACGGCAUUAACAAAUGUAGGAUAUUAUCGUCGACGUAUAAUUUCAAGACUUUAAAAUAUGGCUGCCAAAUUCUAUUAUUCUCUUUCGACGAUCAACAUGGAUAAUAUUAUAUUAUUUUCAUUCAAAACUUGAUCCCGAUAAUUAUAUAUUUCAUAAAGUAAUCAAUUUCUAUCUCAAAUAUGUAUAUACAGGGUAGAGUUGAAAGUUUCUAAGUGAUUUUAAAAACUAAUUAUCCUUUGUUGAGAUUUUUUGUUGGCUUGCAAUUUAGAUUUGUAUCAUUUUAAAAGCUAUGUUCGUAGUUUUAUAAUAUGAAAAAAAAAAAAAAAAAAGAAAAAAAUAUCGUUAAAAAAAUUGUCGAAAAAAAAAUCGAUUUU